GAACGACGAAUGAAAGCAAAAUGCUUUGUUUAAAAUGUUUAUUCUUUAGCUCUGAAUCGAUUUAAGAUUUAAGUGUUAAGACAGACACUGAUUGUGGGUAAAAUUGGGUCUAGGUAAUAGAACACGUUGGGCACUCAUAACAUUUGUACAAUAUGGGAUUUUAUUGUUGUAUUUUUUAUUUUAUUUUUAAUGACGCACAAAGGAUCCACACUCCAGUCCGAUAGAUGGCGGUAAUAUCAUCCCACCUUUCAAAUCAAGUCAUCCAAAGAAAAUGUUGUGACGCCACCUUCCUGCGACGACGAAGCUGAUUACACGCUACCGUCGCUAUUCGUCUGUCGACAACGAUUGCAAGAGAAAAGGGGUUUCUGAGCCGUUAAAAUGGGGAAAAGGGAGAAAGGGGAUCGAGAGAAGAAGUCCAAAAAGCGUUUCUAUGAGGAGGACGAAGAUGAAGACGACGUGGUGGGUGGCAAGUCGCAGGAUGCCAUACCAGCUGCUGCGGGGAAACAAGUGGAUGAAUCCACCACCAAGAUGGAUGAAUAUGGAGCCAAAGAUUAUCGCAGUCAGAUGCUUCUAAAGAAUGACCACUCCUCACGACCCCUCUGGGUGGCUCCAGAUGGACACAUCUUUCUUGAAGCCUUUUCACCAGUAUAUAAGUAUGCGCAGGAUUUCUUGGUGGCCAUUGCAGAGCCGGUGUGCAGGCCCAGCCACAUCCACGAGUACAAACUAACAGCGUAUUCACUGUAUGCAGCAGUCAGUGUGGGGCUGCAGACUUCUGACAUAGUGGAAUAUCUGCAGAAACUCAGCAAGACCUCUGUGCCGGAUGGAAUUGUGCAGUUUAUUAAGCUGUGCACUGUGAGCUAUGGCAAAGUCAAGCUGGUGCUCAAGCAUAACAGGUAUUUUGUUGAGAGCACAUUCCCUGAUGUCAUUCAACGUCUCCUGCAGGACGAAAAGAUCCGAAAAUGUCGCCUAUGUGCUCCUGAUGGCACAGACGGCGAGUUGAUUACUGAGGUCAUCCACAGCAAGUCAGCGAUCUCCAAGUCUGUUGAGGACAAAGGAGGUCCUUCCACCUCACAGCAGCCCGCUGAUGGUCAAACUUCGGUCCAACAGGUCCCUGAGGACAUCUUCAGUUACUAUGAGCAGAUGGAUAAGGAGGAAGAGGAGGAGGAAGAGACUCAGGCCGUGUCGUUUGAGAUUCAACAGGAUAUGAUUGAGGCGCUACAAAAGCGCUGCAUUGAGCUGGAAUACCCGCUCCUUGCGGAGUACGACUUUCGGAAUGAUACAGUCAACCCAGAUAUCAACAUCGACCUGAAGCCGACUGCUGUACUACGACCCUAUCAGGAAAAAAGUCUGCGUAAGAUGUUUGGCAAUGGACGCGCUCGCUCCGGAGUCAUUGUGCUGCCCUGUGGAGCGGGAAAGUCUCUGGUGGGCGUGACAGCAGCGUGCACAGUCCGCAAACGUUGCCUGGUAUUGGGUAACUCCUCUGUGUCAGUGGAACAGUGGAAGUCCCAGUUCAAGAUGUGGUCGACUAUCGACGACUCUCAAAUAUGCCGCUUCACCUCCGACGCCAAGGACAAGCCCAUCGGUUGCUCAGUGGCCAUCAGCACCUACUCCAUGCUGGGCCACACCACCAAGCGCUCGUGGGAAGCUGAGAGGGUCAUGGAGUGGAUGAAAAGCCAAGAGUGGGGUCUGAUUAUCCUCGAUGAAGUGCACACUAUUCCUGCCAAAAUGUUUCGAAGUGUACUGACCAUCGUCCAGGCACACUGCAAACUGGGCCUCACUGCUACUCUAGUUAGGGAGGAUGACAAGAUUGUGGACCUCAACUUCUUAAUUGGGCCAAAGCUUUAUGAAGCCAACUGGAUGGAGUUGCAGAGCAAUGGCUACAUAGCCAAAGUCCAGUGCGCAGAGGUGUGGUGCCCGAUGUCUCCAGAGUUUUACAGAGAGUACGUGGCCAUCAAAACUAAGAAGCGCAUCUUGCUUUACACCAUGAAUCCCAAUAAAUUCAGGGCUUGCCAAUUUCUCAUUCGCUUUCAUGAGCGGCGCAAUGACAAGAUCAUUGUCUUUGCUGAUAAUGUCUUUGCCUUGAAAGAGUAUGCAAUUCGCCUUAACAAGCCCUACAUCUAUGGGCCAACCUCACAAGGGGAACGUAUGCAGAUCUUGCAGAACUUCAAACACAACCCGAAGAUCAACACAAUUUUCAUCUCCAAGGUUGGAGACACCUCAUUUGACUUGCCAGAAGCCAAUGUUCUAAUCCAAAUCUCCUCUCAUGGUGGGUCACGGAGGCAGGAAGCCCAGAGGCUUGGUCGAGUUUUAAGAGCCAAGAAAGGAAUGGUCGCAGAGGAGUACAACGCAUUCUUUUAUUCGCUGGUGUCCCAAGACACCCAGGAGAUGGCAUACUCCACCAAGAGACAGAGGUUUCUAGUGGACCAGGGCUACAGCUUUAAGGUGAUCACACAGUUGGCAGGAAUGGAGGAAGAAGAUUUGAUGUUCUCCACCAGAGAGGAUCAGCAACAGCUCCUCCAAAAGGUUCUGGCUGCAUCUGAUCUGGAUGCUGAGGAGGAAACUGUGGCAGGGGAGGUGGGCACCAGGCCACAGUUUUCACGGCGAACAGGGACCAUGAGCUCCAUGUCUGGUGCUGAUGACACAGUCUACAUGGAAUAUCAGGGCAAAAGCAAAGCAUCGUCUCUGGGCAAGGGCAUCCAUCCGCUCUUCAAGCGCUUCAGGAAGUAGAUGGGCUGACUUUACCAUUAGCCACUGGAAGGCGGCGUGAAGAGGCCACAGCGGUCAGCACAUCAGGCUCACACUUCCGAGGGUGGGAGUUCAAAUCCGGGCUUCGGCCUUCCUGUGCGGAGUGUGCAUGUCCUCCCCGCGCUUGCGUGGAUUUUCUCCAGCAUUCCCAAAACAUGCGUGCAGGUUCAUAGACGUCUACGACAAUCUAUUGUAGUAGCAACAUGUGACCACUAAUGGGAGACAUUGACCUUGUCAAAACAGAUCACGUUACUGUUCCUUGGGGGGCAAAAGGAGACAAAAUAAACUUUAACUGAAAUUAUCUGCACCCUAUUAAUAUAUAUAUAUUAUAAUACAAUUUUUAAAAAUUAAUUCUAUUUUAUUGUUUCAAUCAGCUUUAUUUGAUCGUCCAAACUAUAGAAAAACAUUUUUUUAGACGGUAAACGUCCAUAAAAAUAAAGACAAAUACCAAUAUGCAAAAUAGAACCUGGUCGUAAACUAGUCUUCACAUCUUCAUGCUGUUUAAUUUAGACUGAAUACGAAAAUCCAUUUAUUUCUUUAAAAUGUUGCCAAGCAUAAAUUCAACUCAGAAAAGUAUUGUAUGUGCACCGUGUAUUAGUAAAGGUUUUUGGAGAAUGUAGCUCCAGUACAUCCUAGGGCAGUUAUUUCUGCUGAGAAACUGAACAAUUAAUACUAAUCUUUAACAGAAACACUGGAUAGAAUAUGUGCAGAUUAGACACGAUAGUACACUCGUGAACUUGCAAGCAGUCAGUAUUCCACAUCAUUCUUACAACUGUAUCAUAUCUAAGAUUAGUUUGUAAAUAAAUGCUAAAUGGCAGUGUGUCAUUUUGGAUUUAUCCCGAUACAGUGGGGAACCUAUGAAUGUACUAAAAGCUACAAUUAGCAUCAUUUAAAAAUAUAAUACUAAAAAUGAAUUUAAGAUAAAGAGCUGGACUAGAUAAUGUGCUCUGGCAACAAAAUGCGGGGGGACAGCUAGUCAGUUCUGGGGUUUCUCCAAAAGAACAGAGGAGAAACGUGGUAAAACCUAAUCACAACCUUGGAAUCCUCCAAACUGCAGUGGUGUAGUGCUUAAAGGGGGGCAGGAUUUGUCAAUCCUGGAUGGGCUUUAAGGCCUUCCCCAGUAACCUGUGAUGGCCCCAGGCCGUUCUCACCUUCCCUUUCACGUCCACUGAGCGUGUUUGGCCUCUCAAGGAAUGGUGAGCUCGGGAAUGAGGCCCUUUAAGGACAUUGGAUCACGCCUCAAUGCAAAAUGAUGAUGAUACUGGGUGCCGUGGAGAUGACGUGUUUAUGGCAGGAGAUGGCUUGGAGUCUGUUCAUAGCCAUAAAGCACAACUUGUGUGCGCUCAGGGGUGCCGUUUUAAAGUUUUAGAAACUUCCACAGCCCUUUCGCCGACCAGCUGCCUCCUCACCGGCUGUCAUCUUUUGACAAAGAAGACUUUGUUUUCUCAGCUUCUUCUUCACCUUCAUCAGCUGGACGACAGAGAAGCAAAUUGACAAGUCAGACUCAUGCAUGGCCCGCAGAAUCGGCAAUGUGCCGUUUUAUUUUGAAGGUCCGACCGCUUGUUAUGUUGCACACUCAGUUUUGCAUUCAAUGCUUCAAAUGAUCAAUUCCACACCCUCGAUAAAAUUCUUAACGAUCAGUUAUAAUUCUUAUGCCCAUAUCUACUUUUGACUCCUAAUGUGUAUCAUUUUAGUCAUGUUUUCCUUGGCCUGCUUCAGCUGGUGUUGCUUUCAAAUUUUUCUUUGUGCUCGCUUUCUGGAUUUGUAUGUUGAUAGACUUGCUUUAUAACACAGCCACUUUUAUUACAUUUGUGCGCAGGUGUGGACUUCGUCCUGGUCCAUAGUCUGAUAUACUUUACCUGAUAUACCUCUCCAUUAAAGGCUG